AUGAAUCAACCAUCUACGACCACGAAUCAACCAUCUACGACCACAACAUCAACAGCACCUACGACCACGAAUCAACCAUCUACGACCACGAAUCAACCAUCUACGACCACAACAUCAAAAGCACCUACAACCACGAAUCAACCAUCUACGACCACGAAUCAACCAUCUACGACCACGAAUCAACCAUCUACGACCACAACAUCAACAACACCUACGACCACGAAUCAACCAUCUACGACCACAACAUCAACAGCACCUACAACCGCGAAUCAACCAUCUACGACCACAACAUCAACAGCACCUACGACCACGAAUCAACCAUCUACGACCACGAAUCAACCAUCUACGACCACGAAUCAACCAUCUACAACCACAACAUCAACAACACCUACGACCACGAAUCAACCAUCUACGACCACAACAUCAACAACACCUACGACCACGAAUCAACCUUCUACAACCACAACAUCAACAGCACCUAUAACCACGAAUCAACCAUCUACGACCACGAAUCAACCAUCUACAACCACGAAUCAACCAUCUACGACCACAACAUCAACAGCACCUACGACCACGAAUCAACCAUCUACGACCACGAAUCAACCAUCUACGACCACAACAUCAACAGCACCUACGACCACGAAUCAACCAUCUACGACCACGAAUCAACCAUCUACAACCACAACAUCAACAACACCUACGACCACGAAUCAACCAUCUACGACCACAACAACAACAGCACCUACGACCACGAAUCAACCAUCUACGACCACGAAUCAACCAUCUACGACCACGAAUCAACCAUUUACGACCACGAAUCAACCAUCUACGACCACAAUAUCAACAGCACCUACGACCACGAAUCAACCACCUACGAACACGAAUCAACCACCUACGACCACGAAUCAACCAUCUACAACCAUGAAUCAACCAUCUACGACCACGAAUCAACCAUCUACGACCACAACAUCAACAGCACCUACGACCACGAAUCAACCAUCUACGACCACGAAUCAACCAUCUACGACCACAACAUCAAAAAAUCAACCAUCUACAACCACAACAUCAACAACACCUACGACCACGAAUCAACCAUCUACGACCACAACAACAACAGCACCUACGACCACGAAUCAACCAUCUACGACCACGACAUCAAAAGCACCUACAACCACGAAUCAACCAUCUACGACCACGAAUCAACCAUCUACAACCACAACAUCAACAACACCUACGACCACGAAUCAACCAUCUACAACCACAACAUCAACAACACCUACGACCACGAAUCAACCAUCUACGACCACGAAUCAACCAUCUACGACCACAAAAUCAACAGCAACUAUUACUACCACAAUGAAACCAAUCACCGUGACAAAACAUUCUACGUCUGUUGCUGAGAUAGGUAAUGAAGUAGAGACAGGUAAUAGAGUAGAGACAGAUAAUGGAGUAGAGACAGGUAAUGGAGUAGAGAUAGAUAAUGGAGCAGAGACAGGUAAUGGAGUAGAAACAGGUAAUGAAGUAGAGACGGAUAAUGGUAUAGAGACAGAUAAUGUAGUAGAGACAGAUACUGGUGUAGAGACAGAUAAUGGUGUAGAGACAGGUAAUGGUGUAGAGACAGAUAAUGGUGUAGAGACAGGUAAUGGAGUAGAGACAGAUACUGGUGUAGAGACUGAUAAUGGAGUAGAGACAGAUACUGGUGUAGAGACAGAUAAUAUUGUAGAGACAGAUAAUGGUGUAGAGACAGACAAUGGAGUAGAGACAGAUACUGUUGUAGAGACAGAUAAUGGUGUAGAGACAGAUAAUAGUGUAGAGGCAGAAAAUGGUGUAGAGACAGAUAAUGGAGUAGUGACAGGUAAUGGAGUAGUGACAGAUAAUGGUGUAGAGACAGAUAAUGGAGUAGAGACAGAUACUGGUGUAGAGACAGAUAAUAUUGUAGAGACAGAUAAUGGUGUAGAGACAGACAAUGGAGUAGAGACAGAUACUGUUGUAGAGACAGAUACUGGAGUAGAGACAGAUAAUGGUGUAGAGACAGAUAAUGGAGUAGAGACAGAUAAUGGUGUAGAAACAGAUAAUGGAGUAGUGACAGAUAAUGGUGUAGAGACAGAGACAGAUACUGAUGUAGUGGCAGAUAAUGGAGUAGAGACAGAUAAUGGUGUAGAGACAGACAAUGGAGUAGAGACAGAUACUGGUGUAGAGGCAGAUAAUGUAGUAGAGGCAGAUAAUGGUGUAGAGGCAGAUAAUGGAGUAGAGACAGCUACUGGUGUAGAGACAGAUAAUGGAGUAGAGACAGAUAAUGGUGUAGAGACAGGUAAUGGUGUAGAGACAGAUAAUGGAGUAGAGGCAGAUAAUGGUGUAGAGGCAGAUAAUGGAAUAGAGACAGCUACUGGUGUAGAGACAGAUAAUGGAGUAGAGACAGGUAAUGGUGUAGAGACAGACAAUGGUGUAGAGAGAGAUAAUGGAGUAGUGACAGAUAAUGGUGUAGAGACAGAUAAUGGUGUAGAGGCAGAUAAUGGAGUAGAGACAUAUAAUGGUGUAGAGACAGAUAAUGGAGUAGUGACAUAUAAUGGUGUAGAGACAGAUACUGGUGUAUAG